AUGCACAAGAAGUCCGGGAACUUGGAGGGGAACUCAGCCAGCCAGCCGGGGUCCUCCCGCACUGACACUUCGUCUUCUAUCGGAACAGCUCCCCUGGCUGUUGGGGAAAGUUCUGUGACUCAGCGCGCGAGCGGUGGGAGCACUUCGUCCGCCUUGUCGGAUAAUCAGGAUCCAUCAUCUCCUCGUACCAAAGUCAGCACCACGACGGCGACUUCUGCAGCCACGUCUGGCCGCAGCUCUGGCAAUGCGGGCCAAUUGGAGGAACGGAAACGCUCCCAGCAGCUGCUGGGGCCAGACGUCUUCUUCCGAAAAUUCCGGCAGAUUGUCAGCCAGAAUGGGCGCCGCUACCAAAAUGACGGAUAUGAUUUGGACCUGACUUAUAUCACUGACCGAAUCAUUGCUAUGGGCUAUCCAGCGUCCGAUCGUGAAUCGGUUUAUCGGAGCAGCAUGGAACAGACGGUCAUUUCUCGAGCGUCGCCAUCGCGGCCACUACAAAGUCUUCAACCUGUGCACAACUAUCUGCAAGAGGACAAGCGCAAUAUUGUGGCCGUUCAUUGCAAGGCAGGCAAGGGCCGGACUGGUGUUAUGAUCUGUGCCUAUCUGGUCUACAUCGGCUUUUACUUGUCGCCGCGCCAGAACAUGGACUAUUAUUCAGUGGUCCGGACGAUGAACAAUAAGGGUGUGUACCACCCCUCGCAGCGUCGUUACGUCUACUACUUUGCGCACCUGCGAAAAUUCCAUCUGAACUACAUCCCGUUGCGCGUCGAGCUGGUCGGCGUCUACGUCGAGCGUCCGCCGCGUAUCAGUGGGUCGUUAACAAAGGGUGAUUUCUCGCUGCGGGUGUUAACGGUGACGUUGAUGUGUAUCACGGGGAUUGCUGGGAGGAAGAGGGACAAGAAAUGGGGCAAUCCGACUCGAUGCUCUCGUGGCCCGGAUUCUUAUGAUCCCUGCAACCCGGUCCGUGGCAAUGAUGUGAUUUCUAGGAGAGCUUACGGCUGGACCGUACCUUCCAACAAACGGGUAUUCCUGGAAGGUGAUGUGCGCAUGGAUCUCUACCACAGCAAGAAAGUCAAGCUGCUCAACGUUGGAAGCAAGGAUCGGUCAAAAUUGGACACGUCUGGUGGAACACGAUGUUUGCUUGUCCGCAGUUUUGCGGUGGCUUCUAUAAACAUGGCGAGUGAAGCGUUCCCAUAUCCACCCGGUGAGACUACAAUUGCCUCUCGGGUUCUUGCCACAAAUCCACCUCCGCCUCCCCCACAGCAAGGCGUUCGCCCGAAGAGUGGAAGCGCUUCUGUCCCGAAUAGUCCACCGUUGUCACCUAAAACGGAACGUUCUUCUACCGCAACUCGUGCCCCAUCUUUCGAUGCACGCAAAAACAAAGCAUCGAGUGCCAAUCGGCUUCACAACGCCGUCAAGAAACUGGCCGAAGGUGUCGUCUCGCGGAAUAGCGAGCCUAACAUCGAUCGACCAUCGUCAUCGGGAAAGCGCGACGGCUCGGGCAGCGAUCCGACGAGGAGGGGAGAUGGCUCCAGCUUUGACAUUCACUUGAUCUCACCACCGGGACAAGACCUCCAUUAUGGAACGCCAGUGGAGAAGGCCCCAGACGGUCGCCCGGGCACGAGCACCGGCUUUGGUCCGUUCUGCAUUACGCGGAAGCGGAGGAACACGUGCAAAUCUACAACGUGUUGGAAGUCGACCGUGCUUAUAAAGAAGAAGGAUAUCGACCCAGGCUUCCGUUUGAUCGUCGUCACUCGUGACGAAGAGCAGUGGCGACGACGAUCGCUUCAGGACCCGUUGCAAAAGAAAUAUUUCUAUCGUCAGCGCAUCGACUCUUUCAGUCGUUAUCUCUCAGCAACUACUGGAGUUACC